UCCCCGCGCUGGCCCCGCCCCCGGAGCCCAGGCUAGAGAAGAGCUAGUGCCCCGGUGUCCCCGCGACCAAGCCUGUCCCUGGGUGCGCGGGGCGGGGCGGGAGGGGGCAGAGGAUUUCGCUGGCUGGUGCGGGAUCCCCGGACGGUGGGCAGCGGAGCUGCAGAGUGUCGGCGUCGGACCCGAGGACGGUGAUGGCGAGGCUGGCCCCGGCCGCCUGUCGGAGCGGACCUGUCACCGGCUGAACCCCGCCGUCUGCGGCGAGGCCCCCGCGCGCCUCCAACUUGGCCAGCUGGGAAACCCGCGCCCGGAUAUGCAGAUCUCUGAUUGCGGAGGCGGGGUGACCCCGGGGAGACCCUCCGCAGCCCGCCGAGGCCCGCAGGUGCCGUGAGGCAAGCGCUCGGCGCCCGCGGGGCCGCCCGAGCCCGGGGGAGCGAGCCGCGGAGCCGGCGGGGUCUGGGCGCUGCGCCCCGGCGUCGCCUCCCUCGGCGGCGGAUGAUGGUGGCGGCCGGCGUGCCGGGCUGCGCCUGUGCGUCGCCGCGGAAAUCGGCGCCCGGCGCUGUGCCCUGAGCCCUCACAGGUCGCUCGCAGCCCAAGCCUCCGAGAGGACAGCGCCCGGGGCCCCCGGGGGUCGCGCGGGGUCGGCUGAUGAUGGCGGAUCGGACAGCUCCCAGGUGCCAGCUCCGGCUGGAGUGGGUGUACGGGUACCGGGGUCACCAGUGCCGCAACAACCUGUAUUACACCGCCGGCAAGGAGGUGGUCUACUUUGUGGCUGGGGUAGGGGUGGUGUACAACACCCGAGAGCACAGUCAGAAAUUCUUCCUGGGACACAACGACGACAUUAUCAGCCUUGCCUUACACCCAGAUAAAACUCUGAUCGCCACUGGCCAAGUUGGGAAAGAGCCAUACAUCUGUGUAUGGGACUCGCAUCGCGUCCAGACUGUGUCUGUUCUCAAAGAUGUCCACACGCAUGGAGUUGCCUGCCUGGCUUUUGACUCGGAGGGACAGCGUUUAGCCUCAGUGGGAUUGGAUGCCAAAAAUACAGUCUGCAUUUGGGACUGGAGGAAGGGAAAACUUCUGGCCUCAGCUACUGGCCAUUCUGACCGGAUUUUUGAUAUUUCCUGGGAUCCAUAUCAGCCAAACAGGAUGGUCAGCUGUGGGGUAAAGCAUAUAAAGUUUUGGACACUAUGUGGAAAUGCACUGACUGCAAAAAGAGGGAUAUUUGGCAAAACAGGAGAUCUUCAGACUAUCCUUUGCCUUGCAUGUGCCAAAGAAGACAUCACAUACUCUGGUGCUCUAAACGGUGACAUCUACGUGUGGAAAGGACUUGCCUUAGUGCGCACUAUUCAAGGAGCUCACAGUGCUGGAAUCUUUAGCAUGUAUCCUUGUGAAGAGGGCUUUGCUACUGGUGGGCGAGAUGGCUGUAUACGAUUGUGGGACACUGAUUUCAAACCAAUAACCAAAAUUGAUCUCAGGGAGACGGAGCAAGGAUAUAAAGGCCUCUCCAUCCGGAGCGUGUGCUGGAAAGCCGACCGCCUUCUAGCAGGAACCCAGGACAGUGAGAUAUUUGAGGUGAUGGUGCGAGAGCGGGAUAAGCCAAUGCUCAUCCUUCAGGGCCACUGCGAGGGGGAACUCUGGGCUCUGGCCUUGCACCCCAAGAAGCCUUUGGCUGUGACAGGCAGUGACGACCGCUCUGUCAGGCUGUGGAGCCUGGCCGACCACGCCUUGAUUGCUCGCUGCAACAUGGAGGAAGCGGUUCGUAGUGUGUCCUUCAGCCCGGAUGGAUCGCAGUUGGCCCUGGGCAUGAAGGAUGGCUCUUUCAUUGUUCUCCGAGUCAGAGAUAUGACAGAAGUGGUCCAUAUCAAGGACAGAAAAGAAGUCAUUCAUGAAAUGAAAUUCUCCCCAGAUGGCUCUUACCUUGCAGUGGGAUCCAAUGACGGCCCUGUAGACGUCUACGCUGUCGCCCAGCGGUUUAAGAAAAUAGGGGAAUGCAGCAAGUCCCUGAGCUUCAUCACGCACAUUGACUGGUCUCUGGAUAGUAAAUAUUUGCAAACCAAUGACGGUGCUGGAGAGAGACUGUUCUACAAAAUGCCAUCGGGGAAGCCUUUAACAAGUGAGGAAGAGAUCAAAGGGAUCCCCUGGGCCUCGUGGACAUGUGUGAAAGGCCCUGAAGUCAGUGGAAUCUGGCCCAAAUACACGGAGGUUAUUGACAUCAAUUCAGUGGAUGCCAAUUAUAACAGUUCGGUGUUGGUGUCUGGAGAUGAUUUUGGACUGGUCAAGUUGUUCAAAUUUCCCUGUCUCAAAAAAGGAGCCAAAUUCAGAAAGUACGUGGGCCAUUCUGCCCACGUCACAAACGUUCGCUGGUCCCACGAUUUCCAGUGGGUGGUUAGCACAGGAGGGGCUGAUCAUUCUGUGUUCCAGUGGAGGUUUAUUCCCGAAGCUGUCAGCAACGGCUUGCUGGAGGCCACACCCCAGGCAGGUGGCACCGAUUCCUACAGUGAAGAAUCUGAUUCAGACUUGUCUGAUGUUCCAGAACUGGACUCUGAUAUCGAGCAAGAAACUCAGAUCAAUUAUGAUCGCCAGGUUUACAAAGAAGAUCUACCUCAGCUAAAGCAGCAAAGUAAAGAGAAAAACCAUGCAGUGCCCUUCCUGAAGCGGGAGAAGGCUCCUGAGGACAGCCUGAAACUCCAGUUCAUACACGGCUACAGAGGCUAUGACUGCAGAAACAACCUGUUCUACACACAGAGCGGAGAAGUCGUGUACCACAUCGCUGCAGUCGCUGUGGUGUACAACAGGCAGCAACACACCCAGAGGCUGUACCUGGGGCACGAUGAUGACAUCCUCAGCCUGACCAUCCACCCAGUGAAGGACUAUGUGGCCACUGGGCAGGUUGGAAGGGACGCUGCUGUUCAUGUGUGGGACACCCAGACUCUAAAAUGUUUGUCAUUGUUGAAAGGGUACCAUCAGAGAGGGGUGUGCGCUCUGGAUUUUUCAGCUGAUGGCAAAUGUCUGGUGUCAGUCGGUUUAGACGAUUUUCACAGUGUCGUGUUUUGGGACUGGAAAAAGGGAGAAAAGAUAGCCACAACCAGGGGACACAAAGAUAAAAUAUUUGUGGUAAAGUGUAACCCACACUAUGUUGAUAAGUUGGUUACAGUUGGAAUUAAGCACAUCAAGUUCUGGCAACAAGCAGGUGGGGGCUUCACUUCUAAAAGAGGGAUUUUUGGAAGUGCUGGGAAAUUGGAAACAAUGAUGUGUGUUUCUUACGGGCGAAUGGAAGACCUGGUGUUCUCAGGGGCAGCCACUGGAGACAUUUUUAUCUGGAAGGAUGUUCUGCUGCUGAAGACGGUGAAGGCGCACGAUGGGCCCGUGUUUGCGAUGUAUGCACUGGACAAGGGCUUUGUAACUGGCGGAAAGGAUGGCAUUGUGGAACUCUGGGAUGAUAUGUUUGAAAGAUGCUUGAAGACAUACGCCAUCAAAAGGGCUGCACUGUCAACCAGCUCAAAAGGCUUGCUUUUGGAGGAUAACCCUUCCAUUCGUGCCAUCACUCUGGGCCAUGGACACAUUCUUGUGGGGACAAAAAAUGGAGAGAUUCUAGAAAUUGAUAAGAAUGGCCCGAUGACACUGCUCGUUCAGGGACACAUGGAGGGGGAAGUGUGGGGGCUCGCGGCGCACCCUCUCCUGCCCAUCUGUGCGACAGUAAGCGACGACAAAACCCUUCGGAUCUGGGAGCUUUCCUCCCAGCACCGCAUGCUGGCGGUUCGGAAGCUUAAAAAAGGAGGAAGAUGUUGUGCCUUCUCCCCUGAUGGGAAAGCCUUAGCAGUUGGCUUGAAUGAUGGGAGUUUCUUGGUGGUAAAUGCUGACACCGUAGAAGACAUGGUCUCUUUCCAUCACAGAAAAGAAAUGAUCUCUGACAUAAAAUUUUCAAAAGAUACGGGAAAAUACCUUGCUGUGGCGUCCCAUGAUAACUUCGUGGAUAUUUACAACGUGCUUACGAGCAAGAGGGUUGGCAUCUGUAAAGGAGCGUCUAGCUACAUCACACACAUUGACUGGGACUCUAGAGGGAAAUUGUUGCAAGUUAAUUCAGGUGCCAAAGAACAACUUUUCUUUGAAGCUCCAAGAGGCAGAAGACACACAAUAAGGCCAUCAGAGAGUGAGAAGAUAGAAUGGGACACAUGGACCUGUGUCCUCGGGCCCACCUGUGAAGGAAUCUGGCCGGCACACAGCGACGUGACUGAUGUCAAUGCUGCCAGUCUCACCAAAGAUGGCUCCCUCUUGGCCACUGGGGACGACUUCGGUUUUGUGAAGCUUUUCUCAUAUCCUGUCAAGGGACAGCAUGCAAGGUUCAAGAAGUAUGUGGGACACAGUGCACACGUGACCAAUGUGCGGUGGCUGCACAAUGACUCUGUGCUGCUCACAGUGGGAGGUGCCGACACAGCUCUGAUGAUCUGGACCAGGGAGUUUGUGGGGACACAGGAGAGCAAGCUGGUUGAUAGUGAGGAGUCGGACACAGAUGCAGAAGAAGAUGGAGGCUAUGACAGUGACGUCGCUAGAGAGAAGGCCAUUGACUAUACCACCAAGAUCUAUGCUGUCAGCAUCAGGGAGAUGGAAGGCACCAAACCACACCAGCAGCUAAAAGAGGUGUCCAUGGAAGAAAGACCACCUGUUAGCCGGGCAGCUCCCCAGCCUGAGAAACUCCAGAAGAACAACAUCACCAAAAAGAAGAAGCUGGUUGAGGAGCUGGCUCUGGACCACGUGUUUGGCUACAGAGGAUUUGACUGCCGCAACAAUCUGCAUUACCUUAACGAUGGCGCCGACAUCAUUUUCCACACUGCGGCUGCGGGCAUUGUGCAGAACCUCUCCACAGGCAGCCAGAGCUUCUACCUGGAGCACACAGAUGAUGUCCUCUGCCUCACAGUGAACCAGCACCCAAAGUACAGAAAUGUGGUGGCUACCAGCCAGAUAGGGACGACACCUUCGAUCCAUAUCUGGGACGCCAUGACCAAACACACCCUUUCCAUGCUGAGGUGCUUCCACUCCAAGGGGGUGAAUUACAUCAACUUCAGUGCAACCGGAAAGCUCCUGGUGUCCGUGGGCGUGGAUCCAGAGCACACCAUCACUGUCUGGCGCUGGCAAGAAGGUACCAAGGUUGCCAGCCGUGGUGGUCACCUGGAGCGCAUAUUUGUGGUGGAAUUUCGCCCUGACUCAGACACACAGUUUGUAUCUGUUGGAGUCAAACAUAUGAAGUUCUGGACCCUGGCGGGAAGCGCUCUGCUGUACAAGAAAGGGGUCAUCGGCUCCAUGGAAGCUGCCAAGAUGCAGACGAUGCUGUCUGUGGCUUUUGGUGCUAACAACCUCACGUUCACUGGUGCCAUCAAUGGAGAUGUCUACGUGUGGAAGGAGCACUUCCUCAUCCGGCUGGUGGCCAAGGCCCACACAGGUCCUGUUUUCACAAUGUACACCACCCUGCGGGACGGCCUUAUUGUGACUGGCGGAAAGGAGCGGCCGACAAAGGAGGGAGGCGCCGUCAAGUUGUGGGACCAGGAGAUGAAGCGCUGUCGGGCCUUCCAGCUGGAAACAGGGCAGCUGGUGGAGUGUGUGCGCUCGGUGUGCCGAGGCAAAGGAAAAAUCUUAGUAGGAACCAAAGACGGUGAAAUAAUUGAAGUUGGUGAAAAAAAUGCUGCUUCAAAUAUCCUGAUUGACGGACAUAUGGAGGGGGAGAUCUGGGGCCUAGCCACACACCCCUCCAAGGACGUGUUCAUCUCAGCCAGCAAUGACGGCACCGCGAGGAUCUGGGACCUGGCAGACAAGAAACUGCUGAACAAAGUGAACCUGGGCCACGCAGCCAGGUGUGCGGCCUAUAGCCCUGAUGGGGAGAUGGUGGCCAUUGGCAUGAAGAACGGAGAGUUUGUCAUCCUGCUGGUGAACAGCCUGAAAGUUUGGGGGAAAAAGCGAGACCGGAAAUCUGCCAUUCAAGAUAUCAGAAUCAGCCCAGACAACAGAUUCUUAGCUGUGGGCUCUUCUGAGCACACAGUCGACUUUUAUGACCUCACUCAGGGCACAAGUCUGAAUCGUAUCGGGUACUGUAAAGACAUCCCAAGCUUUGUCAUUCAGAUGGACUUUUCUGCAGACAGCAAAUACAUUCAGGUGUCAACAGGAGCCUAUAAGCGCCAGGUCCAUGAGGUCCCCCUGGGGAAGCAGGUAACCGAAGGCUCGGUCAUUGAGAAGAUCACGUGGGCUUCCUGGACAAGUGUUCUAGGAGAUGAAGUCAUUGGAAUCUGGCCACGAAAUGCAGACAAGGCUGAUGUCAACUGUGCAUGUGUGACCCGUGCUGGCUUGAACAUUGUCACAGGGGAUGACUUCGGGCUGGUGAAGCUCUUUGAUUUUCCAUGCACAGAAAAAUUCGCCAAGCAUAAACGUUACUUUGGCCACUCUGCUCAUGUGACAAACAUCCGUUUCUCUUAUGAUGACAAGUAUGUCGUCAGCACCGGAGGAGAUGACUGCAGUGUGUUUGUGUGGCAAUGCCUGUAAAUGCCAGAAUCUCGUGUCCUAUGGCUGCUUCUCCCCAGUUACUUGAAGGCAGUGUGGGAGGAGCCUCCUCCAUGCUGACUGCUGUGGCGGCAAGCUCUGAACACUACUGAGGUUGUAGGACUCUCACAAUCUGGACUUUGUAAUAUGGUGACACCAAGAAGGAAGGUAAAGUCCUAUGCUAUUAAGGCUGUUGGCCUCUGUUCUGGAGACUGGAACCUACACUUAGUAGCAAACUACACUAACAAUGGAAUCCUGAUGUAGCCCACAGACAAAAUUUACAGCCUCAGUUACCCUAACCAAUAUGUAGCUUUUAAUUUGCAUUAAGACUUUUACAGAGAUGUUUUGCUAUUCUGUUUCUAUGUAUUUCAAGAAUGUUCCUUGGACAUGUCAGUGUAAGUUGGAUGCACUGAAGUAUAGAAAUAGCCUGUUUGCCACAUUUAGCUUUCAAAACCAAAUGAGCCAUGUAUAAACAAGUUUAGAAACUUAAUUUUUUAAUUUUUCAUUUGCAGUUUUAUAUCCAUUAAGUGCCUUGAAAGUUUCCAGUUCUGUGGGCUGCUGCCUCACCUCCCACAUUAUCUCCUUUCUACACAUGGUGCUAAAACUUCAAAACUGAGGAGGGCUAUGGGAUUAGCAGACUCGUCACCUAUGUCCCUGCUCAGGGAAAGUGGUUAUAAGGAAGGUGGGCAGCAAA